GUAGUUUGGAGGAGGGAGUAAGAAGUCCGGGAGGAGGAGGCACUCAAUGGAUCUGCGAGCCUGUGCCCUGGUUUAGUGCGAUACGUGGACGACAGCCCAAGGUGGAUCCGGACUCUGAAAUGCAGUCAUUUUGACAACGGAAUUUAGCUUCCUUCUUCCAAGAGAGGAUUCUGACCAUUCGGUGUGAAGCCAUAGACUAAACCUCUUCUCUUCUGAAAGCUUCACGUUACAACAUGGAAGCCAUUGCCAAGUUUGAUUUCAUGGCCUCGGGAGAAGAUGAACUGAGCUUUCACGCUGGCGAUGUUCUGAAGAUCCUAAGUAACCAAGAGGAGUGGUUCAAGGCGGAGCUUGGAAGCCAGGAAGGAUACGUGCCCAAGAAUUUUAUAGACAUCGAGUUUCCUGAGUGGUUUCACGAAGGCCUCUCACGACACCAGGCAGAGAGCUUGCUGAUGAGCAAGGAGCUUGGUUGCUUCAUCAUCCGGGCCAGCCAGAGCUCCCCCGGGGACUUCUCCAUAUCCGUCAGGCAUGAGGAUGAUGUUCAACACUUCAAAGUCAUGAGAGACAACAAGGGUAAUUACUUCCUGUGGACAGAGAAGUUUCCAUCCCUCAACAAGCUGGUGGACUACUACAGGAAGAAUUCCAUCUCCAAACAGAAGCAGAUCUUUCUGAGGGAUAGGACCCGGGAGGAACAGGGUCAGCGGGGCAACAGCCUGGACCGGCGGUCCCAGGGAGGCCAUCCCCUGAGCGGGGCUGUGGGAGAAGAAAUCCGGCCUUCAAUGAACAGGAAGACGUCGGAUCACCCCCUGCCCCCUCCUUCGCAGUAUCCCCCGGCCCCACUGCCACCACAGCAGCGGUACCUGCCACAGCAUCAUUUUAAUCAGGAACGCCGUGGAGCCAGCCUAGACAUAAACGAUGGGCCCUGUGGCCUGGGCAUGGGCACCGAAAUGAAUGCCGCUCUCAUGCACCGGAGACACACUGAUCCGGUGCAACUCCAAGUGGCCGGGCGGGUGCGGUGGGCCCGGGCGCUGUAUGACUUUGAGGCCCUGGAGGACGACGAGUUGGGCUUCCGCUGCGGAGAGGUGGUUGAGGUCCUGGACAGCUCCAACCCCUCCUGGUGGACCGGCCGCCUGCACAACAAGCUGGGCCUCUUCCCUGCCAACUACGUGGCACCCAUGAUCCGAUGAGGCCCUCUGGAGGGGACGGAGGCUUUUGUCUGAAGCUGCCCGCCUGCAAGGGACAGAGCAAGGAAGAAAAGCUUGGAACUACACACACAUGCGUGUAUAUAUAUGCGUGUGUAUAUGUUCAUAUGCACAUGCAUAUAUAUGCCUAUGUGUCCACACAUUUUUAAAUAGUAAUUUAUUGGCAAGUUAGUUGCUUACUUAGUCGAUGUGAAAGGAACUCAGGUGGAGAUUUAUAUCCAUACUUAUUUUUCUACUCCCCUCUGCCAGUGUGCUGAAAGAAGGCAGCAGGGGGCUUUGGGAAGCAGGAGGCAGGGAAAAGAAAUCAAAACGCUUCCUGUCCUUAAGUCAGCAUGGCUCCCUCCUCAUCUCAGAAAUGCUCGCUGAGAGGAACUAAGCAUGUCCACAUCUGGCGCUGGAUGCAGAACAGCAGGGUGGGGCUGGACUUGGCCGGGCUUGUUAUAGUUUACCUGAACGUCCUGCUUCUCCCCUGCCCUAGGGUGGGUGUGCGGGCCCCUGACCUCCUCUCCUGCCAGGAUGGGCGCUGCUGGAUGGAAGGUGAA